GAGACGCUUGUGGCAUCAGAUUUUUGCAGAGCUUACACUAUUUCACCCAGUAUUGGAUCGGUGUGUGUGUGCGCGCGUGUGUGUGUGUGUGUGUGUGUGUGUUUUCCAUCCCGUGAAGCGUUUAUAGUGCCGCACCCUGUCUUCUGUACGUAAAACCUCCCACGUUUCUUCCAGCAGCGGGACGCGCGGAGGAUAACGGUUCACCUCACGGACAGGUUGGACACAGAGAUGGGAGUGGAGCGGCGGCUUUUCUGGCUAUGACACGGACACACCGGGCGGGAAGGAUGACUCUAACCAGCCGGGAAAUGUUGUGCUUGAUCGGAACCGCCUGCCUCUGGCUGCCGUUGUUCGCGGAGGUGGUGGCUGAGGACAGUUACUUAAACGAGGUGCAGAACUCAGUGCCUCUGUCCUGCUCUGAGGGAUUCACAGAGUUGGGAUACUACAACGGCACAGUGUCUCAGACAGACUCUGGUGCCCCCUGUCUGAAGUGGACCGAGUUUCCAGACUACGUCAUGCAGUACCCGGGCCGAGGGCUGGGCGACCACAGCUACUGCAGGAAUCCAGACCGAGAAUCCAACCCCUGGUGUUUCUUCAGACAAAACUCUGGAGCCAUCGGAUGGGCCUACUGCGACUGUCACCAGGGUGCAGCACGUCUGGUUGGCAGCUCGUCCUCUGGCAGUGGGCGUGUUGAGGUCUACCUGAACGGCCAGUGGGGGGCAGUGUGUGACUCUCACUGGUCAGACAGAGACGCCAGUGUGAUCUGCAGGCAGCUGGGCCUGGGCGACAUUGGCUCAGCGUUGCAGCACUCGCAGUUUGGCUCGGGCUCCGGCCUCUUCCACUACGAGCGUCUGGGUUGCCGUGGUGACGAGAACACUCUGAGUAAGUGCCGGAGCAGGACGUUCGUCACUGGUGACUGUAGCCAUGGAAACGAGGCAGCAGUGGUGUGUGCGCCGCCGGAAGGAAGUGGCCCUCCGCUGCGAUUGGUUGGAGGCGAGGAAGAAUUUGAAGGUCGAGUGGAGGUGUUUCACGCAGGAAGGUGGGGCUCCGUCUGCGACGACCAGUGGGACGACAGGGAUGCUGAGGUGGUGUGCAGACAGCUGGGUUUCGGGGGUGUGGCGAAGGCCUGGUCGUGGGCUCACUUCGGUCAGGGUUCAGGCCCGAUCCUGCUGGAUGCUGUGAAGUGCACAGGAAAUGAGCUCUUCCUGGAACAGUGUCCCCAUGGCGACUGGGAGCAGCACAACUGUGAUCACAUGGAGGAUGCUGGGGUCUCCUGUAGCCCUUAUACAGAUGGUGUGGUGCGUCUAGUUGGAGGAGACAGUCCCUGGGAGGGUCGGGUCGAAGUUUUCCACAACGGUGACUGGGGGACGGUGUGUGACGACCACUGGGCCCAGCAGCAUGCAGAGGUGGUCUGCAGACAGCUAGGCUACAGGGGUCACGCAGAGGUCGUAUCAGAUGGGACGUUUGGCGAGGGCAUCGGUCUGAUCCUCCUGGACGAUGUCCACUGUGAGGGAUCUGAGACCUCCCUGCUGGACUGUCAACACGGGAUCUGGGGGCGGACUGACUGCUCCCAUAGUGAGGAUGUCGGUGUUCGCUGCAGGGGCCAAUCCAGCCAAGACACCAAUGAAGUGCCAGUUAUCGCACCUUCCACAGGUCCCCUGGUGCGUCUUGUGGGUGGCAGCAGCAGAAAGGAGGGUCGAGUCGAGGUGUAUCUCCAUGGUGACUGGGGAAGUAUUUGUGACUCAGGCUGGAAUGAUCUGAAUGCAGCCGUGGUGUGCAGACAGCUUGGACACAGUGGUGGAGCAGUAGCAGCUGGGGGGUUUGGUCAGGGGAAAGGGCCCAUCCACCUGGACCAGGUGAGGUGCACAGGGAAGGAGGAGUUCCUAGGAGAGUGUCCCUCUCUGGGCCAAAGCAUCCAGGGCUGCAGGCGCAGGGUGGAUGCAGGGGUGAGGUGUGACGUUGCGCCGCAGAAGUCAGUGGUACAGGCCAAGCCUGUAUCAGAGCUGAGCUGUGGGCUGAGGAAGCUGGUGGAGGAAGAGAGCAAGAGGAGGAACCAAGGGGAGGAAAACAUGCUCAGGACCACAUGGCCAUGGCAGGUGUCAGUGUGGCUUCAGUCUCAAGAAGAAGAUGGCGGUCCUCUCUGUAGCGGCACUCUGAUCAGCCCCUGCUGGGCCCUGACAUCCGCAUACUGUGUCAGCAGGUUUGGCAGCGAUCCGUCCAGGUAUGUGGUGCGUGUUGGGGCUUCAGAGCAGACUCUCACCCCGGAGCAAGUGGUGGUUCACAGGAAGUUCAAGGGUGAGAGUGGAGGUCACGAUCUGGCUUUGCUGAAGCUACCCAGCACCAAGGGUCACUGUCUGACCUUUGACCCCAACACCAAUGCAGCAUGCCUUCCUGCUGCGGACACAGCAUCAGGGGGAAAUAUGCCAUCUUCUUGUGUUGUCAUGGUUACCGCUGGUUGGACAGGACCAGACUCAGUUCUUGCAUCCUGGGUCCCUCUGAUGUCGUCAUGGCAAUGUAAGAAGCGCUAUGGCGACAGCUUCUCCAGCCAUGGCACCCUGUGCGCCGGCAGUCCUCCAGACACCAGCCUCCUCCAUGGCGACAGUUGUCAGGGCAACUCUGGAGGCGGGCUGGUGUGUCAGGGGGAGAUGGGUCGAUGGGUCCUCACUGGAGUCGUCGCCGGGGGUUACGGCUGCGCUGACCCCUCCUCUCCCUCGCUCUACACUCGAGUCAGCCGCUUCAGGAGCUGGAUCGAGGAGGUCAUCAACACACGAGCACAACCAGAGGAACCGCACACACACACAAUGACACAAGAAGAUCUGACACACGUUGACAAUGACCUAACACACAUACAUGAGGAACACACACACAGCGAGGGCAAGGACGAAUACUUCCACGUGCACGGCAAGCUCAGACACACACACGAUCAACAACAAACAAAUGAAAUCAAUGAUAUUAAACAAACACACACUCAUCAUUCACACACUAAUCAGCACGCUAACACACACACUAAAAGCACGCAUACCCACCAUGAAGGGGAUGCUGACACAAACACACAAAUUCUGGUCUGAUUGAGGCCGUGCCAUUGGCUUACCAUCUGUGCCAUGUGACCGCCUGAGGAGGAGGAAGGAGAUUUUACUUUAACAGUAAAGGAAAAGAAAGAUGCUCCUAACUUAAGUCAGUACAAACGGUCGUCUCUGUGCUCAUUUCAAAUCUGAACUCAGUGUUGUGAAUUGAAUGAAGUGUUUGCGGUUGCUAAUCGUCAGAUGAGUACAGCUGUGGGCAGACCUUCCCGAGCUGCCAUGAUGACAGAGUGUGUGGGUGAUUUGCGGUGCUUUACAUGUGAGUUACAGCCCGUUAAGAGGCAGAACGACAGCUGAUGGGUCGGCAACGUUUAGGUUGAGCCCGGCAUGCUGAUCAGGGCCUUUCACUGAUACUGAAAAUCAAAAAAAUCAGCAUGGCAUGUAUUUUAAGGGCAGUAGUGUUAGCAUAAAAACAUUUGGGAGAUAUUUCUAAGAUGGUCACACAAGAAUCUAUGCUAAAAUUCACCUACUAAUGUGUGUCUUUCUGUGUGAGCUGUCUAGUAACAAAAAUCAACAAACUAACCACCAGAACAUCUAGAAUAAAGGCUGACUGUAUAUCAUCAUCGUCCCUCUAAGAUUAUUAAUAUAGAUAAACCCCAAACUCCUGCAUCAGGUGUCGCUCGUCCCAAGUUAACUUUGGAUAAAAUUUCCCAUAUGGGUGAUUUGUUGCUUUUUCAAACAGGGCUUCAGGCUGUUGUCUUAUACCUUUACUGGUGAAAGUGCUGUUCACCCCAUGACUAAGCUAUUUAUCUCGGGACCAUACCAGUGACUUUUUCAUGUGUGUCUUUUUUUAACCCAAAGUUCAUAAUGCCAUCGAAUGGGGCGCUACUGUGCUUUUUCAUGCAAGUACACACGGUUAAGUCUUGUUCCCAAGGUCCAAAUACAUAUCACAAAAACUGGGGUUAAAUAAAUACAGAAAGCAAUCAGGAAAUCAAAAUAAUGUAAACACAUCAGAAUCAAUAACACAUCUAUACACAUCUGUAUACUAAAUCUAUAGUAUAAUGGCACCCUUUAUAAAAGGAGUUAAAAUGUUUAUUAAUGGUUAAUAAAUUGUUUACUGUAAUUUAUAGAUCAGUUAUAAGCAUUUAAUAAGAACAACUUUUGGGUUGCCAGGAGGUCUUAUUAGAAAGUGGUAGCGUACAAUGCUCAUAUCAAAUUCCACAAUGAAGCCCAUGAGAAUGUUUUUUCUCAGUGUCCCUUUUUGGCCUUCUUGCACUACAGCAUCGUGUCGUUAAGUGUUCAUCAACUUUGAUCUUCUCAAAAGUAUUACCUGCUUUCCAGGAAGCUGUUGGUUUCCCGGAAACUUGUGGAAUCCAUCACAAUACCACACAUUACAUUACAAUACAUUACCCCACACAAUAAUGGAGAAAACGUGAUGUUCACUGUGACGGAUUACACAACUCAAGCAGGUUUUAAGAGUUUGCUAAUUGAUUUUGAUUCCAAAGGGAAAACUAUGGAAACAGUAGCUGCCUGGAAUGUAGGAAAAAAUAUGGUUUCCUCAGCAGUUAUAUCGAGUGUACAUAAUUUAUUGUAUUUGUAGUUAAGGAGCUAAAACUUGCAAAGACACUGGUAUGGUCCUUUAAACUGUACAGGACAAUUAUCUCCUUUCAAAGCCAUUGGAAGCUGACUGUCAGGUCGUAAAAUAUCUUUUUGUACUGAUUCCAGCAGAUGGCUCUAGAUAGAUAGAUAGAUGGAUAGAUAGAUGGAUAGAUAGCUACUAUUCCUGAGUUUAGAUAGUACGUGUACUGCAUUCAUUCUUGACUGAAUUAGAUAGCCGAAAUCUUGCAAUUAAAUGUUGCCUGUUCUGUUGUACUCUGAGCAGCUGUGUGAUCUAACCAGAAGAUGGCGACAUUGCUCUAUUUUCGCAGGGCCACUAGUUGUUGGACAACAGUGCCCUGAUGGUUCUUUUUAUACUGUUGCUAUAAGUGGACGGACUUGACUUGUGCUUUUGAUGUACUGUGAACCAUUGUGUCGUGAAGCAUCUUGUAACCUGUAACUGUCCGAUGCCUGUUGUUAUAAUCCUGUACAUAAACUCAAUCCUAUCACUACUCCUACCUUCCUGAGAAUUGAUGUUUUAUCAUGCAGAUCCUGUAGGUUAAUGUAAAUACUGUAUGUCUAUGGCUGGAUGGUGAGGGAGCAGUGGAAACUGUUUAAGGCCUAUUUUACCUGUGUUAAACCCAUCAGCUGUUCCUCAGUGUAAUGUGCUGAAUCAUGGUCGAGUAUUAAAACAUAUACCUGGUGAGAACAA